CAGCAGCAGCAGCAGUAGACGGGAGCGCGGCCUGGGAGGAAGGAGUUCCAGUGUUACGGCCACGCCCACGGGAGAAAGUUUUGGUACAUACACUGUGUGCUGGUGCCACCCUUGCUGCACUCAGGAGCUGUCACUGGGACUGCUGGUCGGGGACGGGUGAGAGCACCAUGAUUGACGCCUUACAGUGUGCGGUUGCAGCCGGGCUGCUGCUGGUGACCGUCUCCCUGAUGUGGGUCACGCUAAGGAGGAGGAGAGACAGAGAACCUCCUUUGGAUAAUGGUUGGUUGCCUUUCUUUGGUUUUGCUUACCAGUUCAGUAAAAAUCCUUUAAGAUUCUUGAUCUCCCAACAAGAGAAACAUGGGGACAUAUUCACAAUCCGCCUUGCAGGCAGAUAUAUUACAUUUUUCAUGGAUCCAACCCAGUUCCAGUAUGUCAUUCGAAAUGGCAAGAAGCUCGACUUCCACGAGUUCUCUAAUGAAAUGGCAUCCAGGACGUUCGGCUACCCCCCUCUGUCAGAAGCGCAGCACCCACAACUCCGCGAUAAUAUGCACAAAAUAUAUAAAAUCAUGCAGGGUAAGCCUUUGGACAAACUCACUGACAGCAUGAUGAAAAGUCUCCAACAUGUAUUCAAAUGGAAAUUCUCACAAGCAACAGAUUGGAAAACAGAAAAAAUGUACCAGUUCUGCUGCUCCAUCAUGUUCGAAGCCAGUUUUAUGACACUCUAUGGAAGAGAUCCUGUUGCAGAUGGUCGCAAAGUUAUUAGUGAAAUGAGAGAAAAAUUUACAAAGUUUGAUGCCAAGUUCCCCUAUCUUGUCAUAAACAUACCGAUGGCGUUGCUAGGAGAUACCAAGAAUAUUCGUGCACAACUGAUAGACUUUUUCAUGCCUCAAAAGAUGGACACAUGGCUUGACCUGGCCGAGGUUAUCCAGGCUCGCAAAGAAAUCCUGGAACAGUACGACGUGCUACGGGAUUAUGACAAAGCAGCACAUCAUUUCGCCUUCCUUUGGGCCUCUGUGGGGAACACGAUUCCGGCAACAUUCUGGGCCAUGUACUACCUUGUGAGCCACCCAGAAGCACUUGCAGCAGUGCGUGACGAAAUUGACCAUUUGCUGCAGUCAACAGGUCAAAAGCAGGGAGCAGACUAUGACAUUCAUAUCACCAGAGAACAGUUGGACAACCUGGUUUUACUAGGUAGUGCCGUAAACGAGUCCCUGCGAUUGUGCUCUGCAUCUAUGAACAUCCGUGUGGUCCAAGUGGAUUUCCUUCUGGAGCUGGAGGAUGACCAGGCAGUGAGUCUGAGGAAAGGCGAUUUUGUAGCCCUCUAUCCUCCAGCUUUGCACAAAGACCCAGAGGUCUUCGAAAAUCCUGAGGAAUAUAAGUAUGACCGUUUUGUAGAAGAUGGAAAAGAGAAGACAACUUUCUAUAAAAAGGGCAAAAAAUUGAAAUAUUUUCUAAUGCCAUUUGGUUCCGGAAUCUCCAAAUGUCCUGGCCGUUUCUUUGCAGUGAAUGAAAUAAAACAGUUUCUCACUGCUCUUCUUGUGUAUGUGGAUAUGGAACUAGUGGAAAACAAAUCCGUUGGACAAGAUAACAGUCGUUCUGGACUCGGAAUCCUUUUGCCUGGUUCUGAUAUUGAAUUUCGUUUUAAGCCAAGAAAAUGUGAUUGAGUUUUGUCCUUUGGGGGAUGAAGGGGCAACCCUGAUUAAUUAAACUGGUGCAUGAUCAAAAACUUUAUUAACCAGUGCAAAUCAAUCCGUUAAAUUCUAAUUUAGGAGGUUUGCAAACAUUCUAUAAGGAAACAUUUACAUUGUUAUGGUAGCACAAAUAGUAGUAAUCGUUAUCAUUUUCUUCCAUAUGACUAGGAUAUAGCUUAGUCUCUUUAUGUAUAUUUUUUACAUUAUCACUUGAAACAUAAUUACACAUAAUUCUGCCACAUUUUGAAAUUGUUAGAAUUAUGGCAACAGUGCUUUUUAAAGUGACUAUAAAAUAUGUUUAUUUCUAAAUAAAAGAUCCUACAAAGGGUAUUUUGAAAAUGUAAAAAAUAAAAACAUAUACAUUUGAUUAGCCAUCAUUGCAUUUAUGUCAUAUGCCUUAAAAAAGGGCUCAAACUAAAUGCAAAUAAAAAUAUUGUACUUCGUCCCAUACCUGCUUCUGCCUGUGCACAAAUAGCAUAUGCCAGUGGUUAUCAAACUGUGUGCCAUGGCAAGGGUGUCUUGUAUUGGUGGUCCAAGACCAAUACAAAUUAUUUAUGGUCCAUGUAAUAAGAAAAACCAGUGCUGGUGAUUGUCAUUCAUAAAAUAUGUGGACAAACAAGCAAAUCUUGUCCCUCACCACACAAUUGAACAUAAGGAUGACCAAAAAAACACAAUUUACUUAAUUUUGUAUUUCUUUCUAAAUGUCUUAAUGAGAAACUUUUGGCCUAGGAGUGCCAUGAAACACAUUCUGAUACUCUAGGGCUCCGUAAUUCAAAAAAGUUUGGAAACCACUAGCAUAUGCAUUAAGUUUACAUCAUACAUACAUCAGCUACACUUACACCCAACCAGAUAAUAAACACAAGAAAAGGUUUGAUUUAAAUAAAACACCUCUAUGAUACGGGUGUGAUACAGUAUGCCGGCUGUUCCGAUGCCAGCGGACACAGGAUUGAACUCGCCAACCUGACUUUUAGAAUGCCAACAGGGGAUGGAGUACCCAUAGAGUAGGAAUUGAACCUGUGGUCGCCACCAAGCUCACAGUGUGGCGAGCGCAGCGAUCCCGCAAGGGACUUGCUGCACUCGCCACCCCCCGCCGGGAUCCCAGCAUCAGUAUGCUGACCGGCGGUCUCCUGACCACUGGUCACGCAUACCACACCCAACCCUAACAUGUCUGGGGUGGCGGCUAUGGCUAAAGACACGGGGUGCCGGCUAGGGCUAAUCCAAGGGGGUGGCAGCUAGGGCUAAAGACAGAGGGGGUGCCAUCUACGGCUAAUUCCCCCCCAUCAUUUGGUGCCCAACUCUAACAGCCCUUCCGGGCCCUAAUCCUCACCACAAUACUUAUCGUCAGGAUACCAUCGGUCGGGGGUUCCAGCACAAGGAUCACGAGUGGUGUAGAGACUCCGGCAUCAGUCACCUGACCACUGGCAUCCACAGCACAGGGAUGUUGAUCACAUACCUAUAGUACAGCAUGCAAAAUCUAUCUCCAAGUGUACAGAGUCGCAAGUGUCUGGUCUGCAUUUUUGUGGGCAUGCGUAGUAACAGAUGGAAUGAUCUUUAUGGGGUACACAUGAAAAAUUGAAUUCCUCACUGAUUUUGGAUAUAGUGACCCUACAUCUAAGGUCCAGGAUCUCUGCGGAUUCCUAAUCCUGGCAACAUCACUAUACAGUAUCCUCAUCCUCAACAAUGGCUGGCACCUUACACUAACAGCUCUCCGGUUUUCCAUCGUAAUACCCACCUCCUACAGAUGGGUCUGCAUCAGCUACAUUAGUAUAUUGAUAUUAUAUGUUUUUCUUUGAUUACAUGUGGAAAUACAUUUACUUGGACUGAUUUGGACUACUAAAUGACCGAUUUGGGAGUGUGGAACUCUAAUACCAUUCUAUGGACUCCUGUUUUUGAAUAUCCGUAUUUGGAACGCACAGUGAACUUCCGGAUCUUAGCGGUGGAACGCAUCACAACUUCCGCUUCCGUUCAAUGCCACUUCCGGUUGCGGACGUGCGUUCGGCUGUUUGGGGCAGAGAAAGCUGCUCACAUGGACAUUAUUGUGUCAUUAGAUCUAGGUAUAAAUACAUGCUCUUUUGCUGUACACCUUUAUGCUCCUGAGGAAGGACCAGAGCGUCCGAAACGCAUUGAGCAAUUGGUGUUCUCUUCUGACCGUGGGUGACCUGACGCUGGACUUCAUUUAUCCUUAUCUGGCUUUCAUGGUAUCCGAAACCACGAGCGGAGCCCCUGUACCAUCUGGGAGGGUAACUUUGGAAUACCAGUCACGCCAGCACCCCCUUCAUUUUUACCCUGAGUGGUGAUAUGCUUUUUUAAUCUGUAUAAAUUGUGAGUUUUCCUUGUAAAUAAAGUCUUGGUCCCCUAAAAAGUUGAUCUGCACCAUGAUCUGUUUCUGUUUGUCAAGUUAAAGAUUUUAACCACAGGAUCAAAGGUUGCACGGACAACAGGACCCUUACAACACAGGACUCAUUACACCUGGAAUUGAUAAGGAUAUUUCAUGUAAGGCCUAUUGGUAGUUGCGCCACUUCUCAAUUUUCUUUUAUAACUUCUAUUUUCUUGGAAUUUUUGUGAAGGUUCCUUAUUGCGUAGUUGACUGCAUUAUACCUAGCAGCGCAUUUAUUCAUUUACUGUUUUCUGCAUCAGCUACAGUCAAGGCUGACACAAAUGCGGAUUUCUUUAGGAAGUCUAGGAAAGAUCCUACAUCUUACACCAGAUCUAAAGAGACUCACUCCUAUUUAGAGUUUAUAUACCCUCAUGGAGCCCCAUUAUUUCUUACCAAUUGUCUUUUACUGAACUGGCAUUUAUAUACAUUUUCAGUUUUUCUAGUGUUUUAUUUGUGAACCUGUAGACAGGCUCUUUGUGACUGAAUGCAUUGUGAUUUCUAAUCUUAUACGAUUGUAUUCACAUGUACAGUCCCAGAUUUAUCAAACCUUGGAGAGUGAUAAAUUGCACGGUGAUAAAGUACUGACCAAUCAGCUCCUAACUGUCUUUUUUCAAACACAGCCUGUAGUAUAGCAGUUAGGAAUUGAUUGGCUGGUUCUUUAUCACCAUGCAAUUUAUCACUAUCCAAGGCUUGAUAAAUCUGGGUCAUAGUUUUUAAUAUGCUCAUUUAUUUUUAUGUUUAUUAUUUGAGAUAUAUUAAAUAGCUGCUAAAUUUUUACACUAUGGUCAAUUGAUGCAUUUAUUGUAUAAUACUUAGGUACUACUUACGGUUCAAUACAGUGCACCGUCUCUACUUUCUGCUGUUGUACUUUGUUUAUGGGUGACUUUACCGGAUCGACUGGCAACACAGUAUUCAUUCUGUUACUAUUACUACUAUUACCACCUACAUAUUGUUGUAUAUUGAGCCAUCUAUUGUACAUUUCUUCCCCUACACACUUGGAUUGUGCUCUGUGCAGCUCCCAGGGGGCACGCCUUCCAUUUGCAAUAACAGGCAGCACCCUAAUAAACACUUCAAGAGUUAUAGCAUUCUGGUAUCUUCUCACUAAGCUGCAAUUAUAUGAAAUAAAACAUACAUAAAAAAGGCAAAGUGUUCCUUUGAAGAAGCAUGUACAAAGAUGCAAAAGUUUAUGUCCACAAUGCAAAAUGCAUGCCCUAAUGUGUCUUGAUCACUAUGCGAAAUCUUAGAUUCAGCGCCACUUUUUAAUACAGGUUGAGUAUCCCUUACCCAAAAUGCUUGGGACCAGAGGUAUUUUGGAUAUCGGAUUUUUCCGUAUUUUGGAAUAAUUGCAUACCAUAAUGAGAUAUCAUGGCACAGAAUGCAUUUAUGUUUCAUAUACACCUUAUAAUCACACCCUGAAGGUAAUUUUAGCCAAUAUUUUUAAUAACUUUGUGCAUUAAACAGUGUGUGUGUAAAUUCACACAAUUCAUUUAUGUUUCAUAUACACCUUAUACACACAGCCUGAAGGUAAUUUUAGCCAAUAUUUUUAAUAACUUUGUGCAUUAAACAGUGUGUGUGUAAAUUCACACAAUUCAUUUAUGUUUCAUAUACACCUUAUACACACAGCCUGAAGGUCAUUUAAUACAAUAUUUUUAAUAAUUUUUAUGUAUUAAACAAAGUUUGUGUACAUUGAGCCAUCAGAAAACAAAGGUUUCACUAUCUCACUCUCACUCAAAAAAAUCCGUAUUUCGGAAUAUUCCAUAUUUCGGAAUAUUUGGAUAUGGGAUACUCAACCUGUAUAAGGAAGAGAUUAGGAAGUGUGGGUGCAUAUCGCCACCUGGUCUAGGGGUCCCAUACUGUACGUCCUGCAAGCAUUACAGUUAUCUACCUCCAGCCCAUCCUUUGCCAUAUUUCUUAAAUAAUUAUCAGAAAUAAGACACCAGUGCCAUAUUUUCAAAGAAUAUCAGAUUGUUGCUCAUGUGAAAAGUCUAUGUGGCAUAUUGCGCAUGCACCGACCCUGCUCCCUGCAAACACUUCAUGAACAUUUUGCUGGAUUAUGGUUAGAUAUGAAAAUGAGCAUGUGCAGAAAGUUUAUCUUUAAAUUCCUUACUACUUCCUAUUUAGCCCAUUCUAUUUAAAAAUAAACUUUGCCGAUUUUCUUUUAAAA